ACGGACAAGUAGAAAUUAGUAUUGCAAGUAUAACCUUAGGUGCGACAAUAUGGCUGAAGAUAGUUUUAAUGCUGACGAGUUAAAUCCUCCGGAAUGGCUGAAUGUGCAGUUUAUAGCGGAGGUUUUAAGUGCCCACGAAAAGGCAUCAGACCUUCAAAUUACCAAUUUGAGCUUCACUCCGGCGAGUGCUAAAGGAGAUCACUAUGCCAGCAUUAUGUUCCGCGCUAAGGUGGACUAUACAACGCAGAAAGGAUCCUUCUUCAAGUCGCUAAUCAUAAAAACAAUGCCUGUGGAGGAAGGCGUCAAAAAGGAUAUGUUUGCCGAUUCGCCUCUAUUCAAAACUGAGAUUGGAAUGUACAGUAAAGUGCUACCUGAGUGGGAAAGGAUUCUCGGAGAAAUAAAUGAUACAUCCAAGCUGUAUGUGGACUGCAUCUAUCACAGUCUGGAGCCACGGCAGAUUAUAAUCUUUGAAGAUCUCGUGGAGAUGGGAUAUUCAGUUGUGCGAAGUCGUUACCUCAACCAGGAGGAAAUUUGUAGUGCCUACUCCAAGCUGGCUAAAAUACAUGCAAUCAGCAUGAAAGUAAUUUACGAGCGCCCUGACUACCUAAAGGAGUUCAAGUACGGAUUGUGUGAUAUGCCUGGCCUGAUAGACAGUCCCAUUAUAAACGCAGGAAUGGCUCCCUUUAUCGAUUUGUUGAGCCGGAUUCCAGAACUGACAAAAUACCGGCCUCACUUUGAAAAGAUAGCACUGCACUUUAAGGACCGUUUACGGGAUAUCAUGCAAGAGUAUCGCACUAAUCCCAAACCAGGAUAUAAUGUUCUCUGCCAUGGAGAUUUCCAUUCCCGAAAUAUGAUGUUUAAACACAAUAAGGAAACCGGAGGCUUCGAGGACUGCAUGCUGCUGGACUAUCAGGGCUGCAAUGUAGCUCCAAUGGCCGUUGAUCUGAUGUAUUCCAUUUAUAUGUUGAUGGGGCCAGAACAAAGGUGCGGAGAAAUAGAGACUUUGUUAAACUAUUACUUCACCGUCCUGCUGGAAACCCUCAAAAAGAUUCACUACCAGGGUACAAUGCCCACUCCUCAUGGAUUCUGGGCGGAAAUGAAACGCCAUAGAUAUUACGAGUUCCUAUUGCUGAGCACUUUCUUGCCGGUGUCGAUUGGUCUUAGAACUCAUUCCAUGGAUUUAGCUGAUUUGCUGCACAAUGAAGAAACUCGUCAAAAAUGCUAUCGAUUGAAAGAUUUUGUUGAAGAAACCAAAGUUAUGCUGGCCAGAUUUGAAAAGGCUGGAUAUUUCGAGGAUUUUUGAAGGGGAAUAUCUAAAUUUAAAAAAAGAAUAAAUAUCCAAAAAAGUUUAUCUUA